UAUUGCCUACUCUGGCAGGCCCAGGUCAUGAACUAUUUAUUCAAUUGCUUUCCAGCCUCUGAGUUCUUUUCAUUCUUUUGUUCCAGCCAUUAUCACACGUUGACGAAUUGCUCAGUCCUUGAACCACAUCAUGGGUAAAGAUCAAGAUUUUGCAAUUGACAGCGACAUACCAGAAGCAAUCAGUAUCGCCCGCAGGCCGUCAAGAUGGACAAGGCUCACUCGACUAAUCAAUGAUUUGUGGAUUCUUGAGAUUGUGUCCCUCGCUUUCUCGGCCGUUUCACUCGGUGCUGUGGUUGUUGUUCUCCAUAGAUAUGACGGAAAGCCUUUGCGAACAUGGCCUUACACGCUCCAGAUUACCACUGUCAUCUCCUUCUUAGGAACAAUCUGCACAUCAACACUGGUCAUGUCAAUCACAGCUGCUCUGUCUCAGUGCAAAUGGAACCUCUACACCAGAAACGAACAUCCUGUCAAGCUUGCCGAUUUUCAAUCUCUGGAUGCCGCCUCACGGGGACCUCUAGGCGCUCUUAGGCUCAUCAUGUCCUACCGUUGUCCAGAUCUAGCUUUGAUGACUGCAGCUGUGAUUAUUGCCGGGUUCGCGUUGGAACCCUUUGUUCAGCAAGCCGUUGAUUUUCCAUCUCGAUUCACCCGCACGAAUGUUACGGCCACGAUCCCCGUUACGACCAGUUAUGACGAUUACGCAUCUGGGGAAGACUCGAUGGUCAAAACCGUGGAUCUGCCCAUGAAAGCAGCAAUCUAUGAUGGCCUCUUCUACACCAAUGUUUCAGCAGGUGCAGACUCGAUUGCGGCACAAUGCCCAACGACCAAUUGCACGUUCCUACCUUACGCUACUCUUUCAAUGUGCUCCAAGUGUGUCAACAUAACAAAUCUCAUACAGCAAAACUGUAGCAGCUACGAGUAUGAUUGCACCUAUCAUCUCCCCAACGGGCUCUCGGCAAACGACGACGAGGACCCAGCAACGUACACCAAUACCACCUCCGAGCUUGCCACCUCCGAGCUUGCCAACGUAUCGCAAUUCAGCGUUCCUUUCUCCGGGAUGGGCCGUCAAUCGAUUGUCCCGGCGACCUUCACGGCAUUUGAAUGUAUACUCUACCCUUGUGUGAACAUCUUGACUGCCAAUGUGGCUUCCGGCACACUUGUUGAAACAAUUUCGGCCUCUUUGUUACCCGAUUAUCAGAAUAGCAGCGAGAUCAACUUAGAUGACACGGACAUAGUCUUCACCCUUCCUAAUGACACACUUUCCCGGUUACAAGCUGGUAACCCCAGACAGUUCUCAGUGGCUGCAGAGUCCUGGGUCGCCUUGAAGGAUUACUUAUCUUCGAUUUUGACCGGCUCAACGAGUGGAGAUAUGGGUCCUCUUAAUUUCUACCCAACCGGAGAUUAUCAGGAUGCAGCGACGGCUCUGUACACAAACUAUGCUUUGAAUUUGGGUCAGGGGAUCACCAAUCUGGCGGUCAGCAUUGGGAAUCAGUUUCGGCUGUAUUCCCCACAGCAGUUCGCAACGGGAACGGCCUCACUCAUGGAGACAUACGUGAGAGUGAGAUGGGCGUGGUUGCUGCUGCCAGCUGUCUUGGAGGGAGCCACUUGGAUUAUUUUCCUGGCAGUAUGCGUCGUCACACGGAAGCGAAAGGUGCCUGCUUGGAAGGACAGUGCUCUUGCCGUCAUGGCCUGGGGUGUGGACAAGACAGACCUUCGGAGACAGGCUGAUGGUCUUGGGCUGGAUGAACUAGAGGAGAGCGAUGAGUUGGACAAGAUUGCGGACCACGUCUUUGCCAGGAUGGUGAAGGAUGACAAGGGAAAAUGGAUCGGUCUGAAGAUCGCGGAUAGGACGGGGACAUAUCCGCAUGCCAGAGGAAUGACGAGGUCAAGGAGUAUCAGACCGGAACUUGGACACCGUCUCAGUUCGCUUGGCCGAGAGAGCGAGUUUUAUCUACUACAGGACCAGGGUGGUAUUCGGAUCAAGGAUGGAAGAGGGCAAUAACGAGGGCAAUGCAGAUAUAUUUUAUCAAAGCCCACGGCAGGAGCAUUCGUCAC